GUAAAUAAUAAUAUCCUAUUUAUAUAAAAGAGUGCUUUAUGGGCUACACUGCUCCCUGUAGAAUAGUGCCAAUAAAAAGCAGUUUUAGCAUACAUUUCCCUCGUGUCACUAUAGAGUUAAAACAAUAAAAUCAACACAAUAAAGCAGCAUUUCCGUUUCAAGAUGGUGAGUUUUCUACCGAAUCAGUUCCCAUGAACACACAUGGCUGGUUUUAUGAAGAGCCACUUUUAUUGCAGCAGCAGCUCGUGAGCUGAUUCAUCCACUCAGAGGAACCGAAGCUCAGAUGGGGAACUGACAGCACAGGAGGAGGACUUCCACGAACACAUCCACUCCUCAAGGAACGCUGAGGAGAGGCUACUGUAGUUUCUGUCGGGAAUAUAAACAGCAACAGGAGUUACGUUGUUGCCAGUUGCCGGGAAUUAUUUGUUACUUUGAAACGCGUCGCUUACUCGCUGUGAAAGUGAAUGGAUACAGAGUUUUUUUUUCCUAGCAAGUUUUUAGCCGCCUGGCUAACCAGCCGUAAGAUAUGAAGACUUCGAGUCCACGACAGACUUACAGACUCAGUAUUUACUCUUAGUGAACUCUUACGAGCACUUUUAUUUCGAUUUAUUUCAGCUGAGUCCAACAUAUGUGUUGUGAAACAGCGAGCAAGUUUGCGUUUAGUUUUGACAGUGAACUUACUCACUUUCCCACCCUCUUGAUCUACUCCACCCAGAGACAUGUCCCCUCAUGCACAAGUACCUGGGGUGGGUGGAUCACCUGUUCAAGGCUUCAAAGUGAAGGAAGAAUGGCAGAGGAACUGACUCCUACAGGAAAAGGGUUCUUUGGUGAUCUUUAUUAACUUCAUUGCACCACAAAGGAAGGGUUUCUUCCUUGAUAGGCUCGCUGUUGCAAUGCCACACAGUCCUGUGGUGUGACAGCAGCCUCGUCGUCAUGCUGGCCCUUGGAGUGGACCAUGGAAAAAGAGAGGGGAGUGUCGUCGCAGGAAAGACGGCGACAACAACGGCAGCGUGGCCGAUGACGCGAGAGCCUGGCAUCAACAUCAAGCAGAAAAUCUCCCAAUGGGAGGGACUCAGCCAGCAGGAGGACGUCCCCAGUGGGAAUAUUAAGCCCCAGCGGAAUCUUGCAUCUCGCAGGCUUUCAGGGGACCUCCUUGGAAAUGGACUUGAUGGCAAUGAUGGAGGUCAUAACAAAGCGACUGUAUCAAAAGCCAAAAGCCUGGGUUUGGAUUUCAGGGAAAACCAGAUGACUUUUAGACCUGUUACAGAUGAACUCCAGUCUGAUUUCCCAAGAAAUCGAACUCAUUCAAAUAAAUUAGUUACAUCAACUCCUGUGACUAAGCCUUUAAGCACUGUAACCCAAGUCCAAGUGGCUAAACUGAAUGUUAAAAGCAAUAAUAUCAAGACAAACCAUUCCACAGAUGUCGAAAUUACAUCUCUACCUCAAUGUGUAGAUGAGGCGUCAUUGCCUCCGGGGAACUUUUACACCUCCAGGGGUUUCUGGAAAAGACUGGAGGCAGAUGACUCUUUAUGGGAGAAGGAGAAGGAUUCCUCAAUAGUGACUAAGGGUCUUGGUGAAAUUGGACCUUCUUCUCCUCCACCUAAACCACAGCGCACAUUCCAGUACAAGGGUGCGAGCAAUCCGCCCGGCCAAUGGAUGCAACUGGAGAACCAGACUCCAUCAGUCAGCAAAUCGAAUCAAGUCCGGAAGCAUGACAUCAUACUAAAGCCACCCAGCUGUCCACCUCCUCCUUGUCCAGUCAAUACUAUCAAUGGGUUUUCCAGAAGCAGAAAGAACAGGAAGUCAUUUGAGUUUGAGGAUGUGGUACGGCGGACAGCGCAACAGGCCUCUAGAAGGAAGGAGGGCCUCCGAUCAGGUCUUUACCACGCCCGGUCUGAAGACAGCAUCUAUGAGGACAUCAUCUCGGAUAUGUCAAAAGAGAACCCAUAUGAAGACAUCAAGCUUUCUCCUAUGUGUUUACCUAUAAGACGGCCACGAAACUACACAGUUGGACAGAGAGAGAGCCCUCACAUCAAGAUCUCACCAAAGCCCUUCACACUAUUACCUAACAGUGACCGGUUGCAUAAAAUGGGGCGGGACCGCAAAGAAUCCAUAACGUCACCUACACGUACCUCUACUACAAACACUCCUAAAUCAUCAGCAGCCAAACCUGCUACUACAUACAGGACAAACCGACAACCCCCGCUUGUAAACAGGAUCCAGGAGAUAUUUGAAGCCAAAAGAGGAAGGAAACGAGUAUGGGCGACAGCAACCAGAGAUGAAUUAAGUGGAACAGAGAGUGAUCCUGAGGAGAGCUCUAAAGAUCACUCCCAGCGAACAGUGUACGUUCAGUCAACUUUAAAGCGACGGCCGGGUUACCGCACUUUAGAGAGGGACCUGAUCCAACUACAAGAGCAGCAGCUCUUCCAGCAAUUUGUAGUGGUGUCACUUAGAAAAGCUUCCCCUGGAAACGCAUACAUCCCUGAGAUCACACAACAAUUCCCUACGAAGUUUGAGAAGUCUUCUCGUCUGUCUCGUGAGGCUGAAGACAGAUUAAGGGCCAUUCCCAAGUUUUGUUUUCCUGACUGUCAUGACUGGCGUCCCUCCUCGGACCACAACAGUGAAACGUUUUCUUUUGUCCUAACGGGGGAGGACGGAAGUCGCUUGUUUGGAUACUGCCGCAAAAUCCUGCCCAGUGGGAAGGGGAAGAGACUGCCUGAAGUUCACUGCAUCAUCAGCAGACUGGGCUGCUUCAAUCUCUUCUCAAAGAUCUUGGAGGAGGUGGAGAGGAGGAGAGAGAUUUCCCCGGCCUUGGUUCAUCCUUUCAUGCACAGUGUCAUGGAAGCCCCCUUUCCCGCUCCUGGACACACCAUCACCGUCAAGAGCUUCCUGCCGGGCUCUGGCAAUGAGGUUCUGACUCUGUGCAGGCCGGUGGACUCUCGUUUGGAGCAUGUGGACUUUGAGAGUUUGCUACAGUGUCUCAGUGUGACCAGACUCCUGCAGGUCUUCGCUUCUCUGCUGCUGGAGAGGAGAGUGAUCUUCAUCGCAGACAAACUUGGUGUCUUAUCCCGAUGUGCCCAUUCUGCCUUGGCGUUGCUGUAUCCCUUUACGUGGCAGCACACGUUCGUACCGGUGCUUCCUGCCAACAUGCUGGACAUAUGCUGCUCUCCCACUCCUUUUGUAAUGGGGGCGCUGUCUCCAUCCUUGCCUGAGGUGCUGGAUAUGCCCAUUGAGGAGGUUCUUAUUGUGGAUUUGUGUGCGGACAAGUUUGUCGUUCAGCUUGGAGACGAGGACUGUAUCUUACCUAGAAAGCUGCAGGCAGCGCUUCAGGAGAUACUGGAGAACAGGGAGGAGAUCCUAGAACAAAACACGAGAGACAGGAAAGGAGAUAAAUCAGACCUGAGCACUUUGGUGUCAGAGGCGUUUGUGUGGUUCUUUGUUGAGCUGGUGGGACAUUAUUCUCUGUACAUGAGCGACACAGGACCCGGUGGCACCCGAGAGCUGCAGAGAGACGCUUUCAGGAAAUCUCAUCCAUCCCGAGGAGUGCGACAGAUUCUCCAGCUCUUUAUGGACACGCAGAUGUUUGCUGGUUUCAUUCAUGACCGAGAGCUCAGAAAAGGAGGUGUUAAAGGGCUGUUUGAAAUGAGAGCAGCAGAAUAUUUGGAUUCUUAUCCUGAACCUGAACCAAGUGGAGUCAACAAAUUUCUUAAGGGGCUCGGAAAUAAAAUGAAAUUCUUGCAGAAGAAAUAGAGAACCGUUUCAGAUGCCAAGUAUGAGCGGCUUUUUUUCAAAAUCGUGUGAUGACUCAACCAGCAUGUCAGUUCCUCUCCCGUAGCCAAUGCUGAAGGGUGGAGAGGAGUUCAAGACUGGAAUCAGCUUGUUCUGCCCUGAAAAUUCUCCCGUCACGAAUGACGAAAAGGCUGGAAAUUAGUUCAUAACCACAAGGAACAAAGAGGACUGAAUUAGAACAAAGAGGAAAGGGAGGAGUCUGUGUCAUGAGUCAUGACAUUGUAAUUUUGAUAAAUAAGGACAAAUCUGAAUAUGAAUGCAUAAUAACAAGAGUUGGGGUAACGGCCAUAUCAGAGGUCUUGCAUGUUUUUAUUGUCUUAAUGUAUUUUUUAUUAAACCAGACAAUACGGUAAGCUUAUGUGUUAACCGAAAACCUUUUCCAACUGGACAUUUUUUUGUUUCAAAGAAAAUAUGACGAAGGAUGACUUCUAUUCCCCUUCAGGAAUUAAUUUAUGACUCUUCCUAUGCACGGAAACUGUCUUUCCAGUUAAAUGUCAAGCAUUUAUUUUUAGCCAGAUUUUCUGUUUUGAGAACUAUCGUUGCAAAUGUUUCAGUUUUACAUUUUUGUACAGUUUUGUUUUUAGACAACAUUUGAUAUUUUUUUGUAACAUUUCAAAAUAAAAAAACAUUUCUGAAGCAAUGUUGGACAGGAAGUGGGAAUCAAACAAUGUGAUCUUGUUGUAGAAAUUGAAAUUUUGGAUGAGUGUUCAGCGAUUGAGAAUGUACAGGGUGCUUGGGUUUAAAAUAUGAGAAACGUAUAAUGAAAGUGGAGUGUACAGUAUUAUUAAAAAACAGCACUUACAGCAGUAAUGUGGAUCUGGUGGCUACUUGAAAGAAGCUAAAUAGCUAUAAUAUAGAUUUGACCCUUUUUUUGGACAUGUUACAUAAGUCCAUUUGUGUAUUUUAAUACUUUUGAUGACUACUAUUAUUCCUAAAACAUGUAACAACAGUGAGCCACUGUUGCUGCGUAAUAAAAUCAGCCCAAAGGCUAAU